ACACGUUGCAGGCGCCAGAGCAGCCGCCGCUUAGAUCCGCGCCAACUCCUCUGCCCGGACCUACGGCGCGACCAUGUCCCAUCACUGGGGAUACGGCAAGCACAACGGACCCGAGCAAUGGCAUAAGGACUUCCCCAUCGCCAAGGGAGAGCGCCAGUCCCCUGUUGACAUCCACACCCAGGCAGCCGUUCAUGACCCUACCCUGAAGCCUCUGUCUCUUCGCUAUGAGCAAGCGACUUCCCGGAGAAUUAUCAACAACGGUCACUCUUUCAAUGUGGAGUUUGAUGACUCCCAGGACAAAGCAGUGCUAGAAGGAGGACCCCUCACUGGCACCUACAGGUUGAUUCAGUUUCACUUUCACUGGGGUUCAUCUGAUGAGCAAGGUUCUGAGCAUACUGUGGAUAAAAAGAAAUAUGCUGCAGAGCUCCACUUGGUUCAUUGGAACACCAAGUACGGGGAAUUUGGAAAAGCAGCGCAACAGCCUGACGGACUGGCUGUUUUGGGUAUUUUUCUGAAGAUUGGUGAUGCUAAACCAGGCCUCCAGAAAGUCGUUGAUGUGCUGGAUUCCAUUAAAGCAAAGGGUAAGAGUGCCGACUUCACUAACUUUGAUCCUCGUGGCCUCCUUCCUGAAAGCUUGGACUACUGGACCUACCCCGGUUCACUGACCACUCCUCCUCUCCUGGAAAGCGUGACCUGGCUUGUGCUCAAAGAACCUAUCUCUGUUAGCAGUGAGCAGGUCUUUAUCGAAAUUCUGUACCCUUAACUUCAACGCAGAGGGCGAACCUGAACACCUGAUGGUGAACAACUGGCGUCCGACUCAGCCACUGAAAAACAGACAAAUCAAAGCUUCCUUCAAAUAA